AUGGCCCAUGAUGGGCUUCGCCAGAUGAACUCGCCGGUUAAAGCGCCAGCUAUGUACUACGGCUGUCGAGUAGCAAUCCCUCAUAAAAGUGAUCCUCUAAAUAGGUGCGCAUAUCGAACAUAUUUUGUCAUGGAAUACGUUCGAGGGAAAACGGCAGCGCAGCUUUUGGAGGGUGCGGCCAACGACGAGGAAACAAAAGAUCGGAUCUAUAAACAGAUAGCGUUUGCCUUGUCUGAGUUGCACCGCAUCCCAGUACCAGAUCGUUCUCGACCCGCGGCGGCAAACGGCGAGGGAAUCCGCCACGGGCUCUUUAGCGAAAACCAGUGUGGCCGUCACUACCGUAAUGUAACUGAAUUGGAGACCCAUUUCAAUAAAUUUCUUUCCAUGACCAAGGCCAAACACCGCGUUCAAAAUCUGGCUCAGGAACCAAUGGUAUUUUGUUACUCUGACAUCUGGCUAGGCAACUUCAUAAUAGGUGAUGAUGAUUCCAUCACCGUGGUGGACUUUGAUGAUGCCAGCAUCCUACCAUCAUGCUUCUCCAAAUUUGUGCUAGUCGGCACUCGAUACAAGAUCCAUCGAGAUAUUAGAGGGAUGGUUACAGUACCGGAAACAGAGGGCAUAGAUAACACAUCGGCUUUAUUUGACGUCGCGAGGCCAAUGGUCAUGGGUUCUGGCUCCUUUGGAAAGGCUGGCCAGAAGCUUCUCAAAAGUUAUCCACGAGAUGAACCAGACCAAGUACACAAGGCCGUGACGGAUAAGCAGGGUCAGCCUGUGCUUAUGACCAUUUAA